CGGUCGCCAUUUUAGCGUUGUUGCUCUUUCCUGUGUGGAAGAGCAGCGGUGUUUUGACGGAGCUAAUUGUGACUUCGUAUUUUAAUUCUUCGUAUAUUUAAAACAAAAUGUCCAAAAGACAUAGAUUAGAUUUAGGAGAUGACUAUUCGUCUAAUAAAAAGAGAUCUUCUGAUGGGAAAGAUCGAGAUCGAGACCGGGACGAGCGGCCCAGGGACCGGGAGCGGGACCGGGAGCGAGACCGCGACAGAGACCGGGACCGCGAGAAGGACGUGAAGCCGCCGGUCUUCGCGCUGAACGCGGGCAUCGGGGGCGGGGCCUCGCUCUCGCUGAAGGCGCCGGCCAUGCAGCAGCAGAUUAACCCCUUCACCAACCUGCCGCACACGCCGCGCUUCUACGAGAUCCUGAAGAAGCGGCUGCAGCUGCCCGUGUGGGAGUACCGCGAACGCUUCGCCGACAUCCUCAACCGCCACCAGAGCUUCGUCCUGGUGGGAGAGACCGGCUCCGGCAAGACCACACAGAUCCCGCAGUGGUGUGUGGACAUGGUGAGGGCGCUGCCGGGGCCCAAGAGGGGCGUGGCCUGCACGCAGCCCCGGAGGGUGGCGGCCAUGAGCGUGGCGCAGAGGGUGGCGGACGAGAUGGACGUCAUGCUGGGACAGGAAGUGGGCUACUCCAUCCGGUUCGAGGACUGCAGCAGCGCCAAGACCAUCCUGAAGUACAUGACGGACGGCAUGCUGCUGCGGGAGGCGAUGAACGACCCGCUGCUGGAGCGCUACGGCGUGAUCAUCCUGGACGAGGCGCACGAGCGCACGCUGGCCACCGACAUCCUGAUGGGCGUGCUGAAGGAGGUGGUGCGGCAGAGAGCCGACCUCAAGGUGAUUGUGAUGAGCGCCACGCUGGACGCAGGGAAGUUCCAGGUGUAUUUCGACAGCUGCCCCCUGCUGACCAUCCCGGGACGCACGCACCCCGUGGAGAUCUUCUACACCCCCGAGCCCGAGCGGGACUACCUGGAGGCAGCCAUCCGCACCGUCAUCCAGAUCCACAUGUGUGAGGAGGAGGAGGGCGACGUGCUGCUCUUCCUCACCGGCCAGGAGGAAAUUGACGAGGCCUGUAAGCGGAUAAAGAGGGAGAUCGAUGACCUGGGCCCUGAGGUGGGCGACAUCAAAAUCAUCCCGCUGUACUCCACCCUGCCCCCCCAGCAGCAGCAGCGCAUCUUUGAGCCGCCCCCCCCGAGGAAGCCCAGCGGAGCCAUCGGCAGGAAGGUGGUGGUGUCCACCAACAUCGCCGAGACGUCGCUGACCAUCGACGGCGUGGUGUUCGUGAUCGACCCCGGGUUCGCCAAGCAGAAGGUGUACAACCCGCGCAUCCGGGUGGAGUCGCUGCUCGUUACCGCCAUCAGCAAAGCGUCGGCUCAGCAGCGGGCGGGGCGCGCAGGCCGGACACGCCCGGGGAAGUGCUUCCGCCUCUACACCGAGAAGGCCUACAAGACCGAGAUGCAGGACAACACGUACCCUGAGAUCCUGCGCUCGAACCUGGGCUCGGUGGUCCUGCAGCUGAAGAAGCUGGGCAUCGAUGACCUGGUGCACUUCGACUUCAUGGACCCCCCCGCUCCGGAGACGCUGAUGCGGGCGCUGGAGCUGCUGAAUUACCUGGCGGCGCUGAACGAUGACGGGGACCUGACGGAGCUGGGCUCCAUGAUGGCCGAGUUCCCGCUGGACCCGCAGCUCGCCAAGAUGGUCAUCGCCAGCUGCGAGUUCAACUGCUCCAACGAGAUCCUGUCCAUCACCGCCAUGCUGUCAGGUAACGCCCGGGCCAGCGCCACGGCAACCGCCCGCGUCCCGCUGUUACCGAGCGCCGGGCGCCACGGCAACCGCCCGAGUUCCGCUGUUACCGAGCGCCGGGCCGCACGGCAACCGCCCGAGUUCCGCUGUUACCGAGCGCAGGGCGCCACGGCAACCGCCCGAGUUCCGCUGUUACCGAGCGCCGGGCGUCACGGCAACCGCCUGAGUUCCGCUGUUACCGAGCGUCGGGCGUCACGGCAACCGCCCGAGUUCCGCUGUUACCGAGCGCAGGGCGUCAUGGCGACCGCCCGAGUUCCGCUGUUACCGAGCGCCGGGCGUCACGGCGACCGCCUGCCUCUUACAGCCAGAGUUCCGCUCGUGCUGCACGCAUCUCUAUGGCGACGACUAGCCACGUUUACAACCAACGUUCUGUUGCCAUGCACACCAUGGCAACCAACAGUCUUAAAAUUUGUGUCUUCUGUUCAUCCUGUUAAGGCUCUGUUCUAGUGUAUGGAUGGGCCCCAUGGUCUGGUAUCUGUUAGGGCUCUGUUCCAGUGUGUGGAUGGGCCCCAUGGUCUGGUAUCUGAUAAGGCUCUGUUCCAAUGUGUGGAUGGGCCCCAUGGUCUGGUAUCUGUUAAGGCUCUGUUCCAGUGUGUGGAUGGGCCUCAUGGUCUGGUAUCUGUUAAGGCUCUGUUCCAGUGUGUGGAUGGGCCCCAUGGUCUGGUAUCUGUUAAGGCUCUGUUCCAGUGUGUGGAUGGGCCCCAUGGUCUGGUAUCUGUUAAGGCUCUGUUCCAGUGUGUGGAUGGGCCCCAUGGUCUGGUAUCUGAUAAGGCUCUGUUCCAAUGUGUGGAUGGGCCCCAUGGUCUGGUAUCUGUUAAGGCUAUGUUCCAGUGUGUGGAUGGGCCCCAUGGUCUGGUACCUGUUAAGGCUCUGUUCCAGUGUGUGGAUGGGCCCCAUGGUCUGGUAUCUGUUAAGGCUCUGUAUUAGUGUGAGUUUCCUAAGACAGUAAUCUCUAGGAAGGUUCAGCAUUGAGCAGAACGAUGUGGAGAAAGUAGGAAUAAAAAAUAAAUAAAGAAUAAAAAGUUUGUCCACCAGAAGACCUUUUCCGGCGUUGGUGUUGAGGUGAAUGGGCUCUUUGCCACAGACUAACCUUUAUAAUGGCAGACUGAUGGAGUAUCAGACCAGAGCCUUUUCUGACCGCAUCGAUGCCGCAGAAUGAAGUGUAACGGAGGGAGGGGCUAAAGACAGGCCAUCGUCAGCAGGGAAUGCUGGGUAAUGAGCUUAGUGAUUUUGAAAGGAGGAAGAACGGGUGAGAAUAGGAAAGGAAA